UUAAACUAUGCUAUACAUAGUGCAAAUUUAGUGUACGACAAUACUUGAUUGCCAUCUAAAAUUGUGUUUCCUGGACACAAUGUCUUUCUUCAAGUCUGCUCUUGAUUUUGUGAGUGGAGGUGGAAGCGAUAAUGAAUUUGUUGGAACUUCUGUCGAGUUGGGAGAUUUAACACUCUAUGUCAAAAAUGUUAUAGCAGAGGGUGGAUUUGCUUUUGUUUAUGAAGCAGAGGAUACCAGCAACAAAGGAUACGCUUUGAAGCGACUUCUUGCCCAUGAGUCAUCAAAGAGCCAAGGAAUCAGAAAAGAGAUUCAGUUUUUAAAGAAGUUAUCUGGUCAUCCUAAUAUUAUAAAAUUCGUUGCUGCUGCAGCAAUCUUGAAACAAGAAUCUGGACUUGGUCAUGAUGAAUAUCUUGUUUGCACAGAAUUAUGCCCUGGUGGAUUAGUUGACACUUUAAACAGAGAAGAAAAUGGAUUUAGUGUUGACCAAGUAAUGAAAUGUUUUUUUCAAACAUGCCAAGCUGUACAACACAUGCAUAAACAACAACCUCCUAUCAUCCACAGGGAUUUGAAGAUUGAAAAUCUUCUUAUAUCUGCUCAAGGAUUUAUAAAAUUAUGUGAUUUUGGAAGUGCAACUACAAAAGCUCAUUACCCUGAUCGUUCAUGGACUGCUAAUCAGAGAUCCAUGGUCGAAGAUGAAAUCACAGAGAACACAACACCAAUGUACAGAACCCCAGAAAUGAUUGACAUGUACAGUAAUUAUCCUAUCAAUGAAAUGCAGGAUAUUUGGGCUUUGGGCUGCAUUCUCUUCCUAUUCUGUUUUCGAAAACAUCCGUUUGAAGAUUCCCAAAAACUGCGGAUUUUGAAUGGAAAUUACACAAUUCCAACUAAUGAUAAGAAAUACACUUCAUAUCAUGGACUAAUAAGAGGAAUUCUUCAAAUCAAUCCCAACAAUCGACCACCGGCUGCUGUGAUAUCAGAACAAUUGAAAGAGAUUGCUUCAUCAUUGAAUGUUGAUCCGAAAUCUCCUCUUCAGUUUAGAAAGAAAACUCCUGAUCCACCCAGAGAUAUUCGCAGACCUGCACCUCCUCCACCUCAACAGCAACAGAGGCCUCAAUCAACUGAACAAAAUCGUGAUCCAACUGUGCCACCAGAUGGCGGUGGAGGGUUGCUUAGCAUGAUGAGAGGGGGAGCAGGAAAAUUAUUCACCAACAUCAAAGAUACUUCAACAAAGAUGGCGGCCACUGUUGCAAGUUAUACAAAAUCUGAGCUCGAUGUUACUUAUAUCACAUCUAGAAUUGUUGUGAUGUCAUAUCCUGCAGAAGGAGUUGAGGGGACAUACAAGAAUCACAUCGAUACAGUUCGUUCCUAUCUUGAUUCAAGACAUUCAGAUAAAUUUGCCGUUUUCAAUUUGUCACAAAGACAAUAUAACAUUGCAAAGUUUUAUAACAGAGUGGUGUAUGGAGGUUGGCCAGCAAAAUCUGCUCCAUAUUUCCCUUCAAUAUUUAAUAUGUGCAAGAAACUAUUACAAUGGUUAAAAAAAGAUCCCAAGAAUAUAGCUGUGAUACAUUGUGAGGAUGGACGAGCCAGUUCAGCAGUUGCCGUUUGUAGUUUAUUCAUCAUGUGUGGAUUGUUUUUGACACCAGAUGCUGCUCUUUACAUGUUUAGCAUGAAACGUUCAAAUCCAGGGAUAGCACCAUCACAUAAAAGAUAUUUGGAAUAUCUCUGCGGAAUGGUAAAACCUGAGCGACCUAUCGUUCCGAAAUCUAGACUAAUCAGAUUGAAGUCGAUCAUUCUAGAACCUGUUCCUUUAUUCAAUCGUCAACGUAAUGGUUGUCGGCCAUUUUGUGAGGUUUAUGUUCGUGAUCAGAGGGUAUUAACAACAGCGAAGGAAUAUGAUGCUAUGAGGAGUUUUAGUGUUGACGAUGGUCGAGCUAUCAUCGAUGUAAGAGCAGAUAUUGUAGGUGUUUCCGACAUAACAGUCUCAAUCUUUCAUGCUCGACAACUUCUUGGUGGAAAAAUUCAAGGAAAACAAUCCGGGAUAAAGAUGUUUCAACUUCAGUUUAAUACAGGGUUUCUACCUGACUCUACCACUGCAAUACAUUUUGAAAAAUAUGACUUGGAUGCUUGUGAUAUUCAAGAGAAAUAUCCCGAUAACUUUCAAGUGUCGAUAAACGUUGAUAUGAGGAAUGAAGAAGAGCCUGAACCAGGCAUCGAACAUCCUUGGGAUGAUUUUUCCAUCAGAGGAAUAAAUCCUAAAGUUCUAUUUUCAACUAAAGAAGAACAACAAGAAAUUUUGCUCAAAUUUGGUCAUGCAGAAGAAGACCCAAUGCCUUCUAUAACUUACAGCUGUGACCUGGAUAAGAAAUCUAAACCUGAGAAACCCCAGCCACCUCCCGCGAAACAAGAAGAAAACUCAAAACAACCCAAAGCACAGUCUUCUUCCAAAGGAAGUUUUUUCGAUACAUUAGAAUGGAGUCACGAUGAACAAGGACAGACCUCCCAGCAAAAAGGCCCUCCAACCCAACAACGUACCAGUGCCCCAAUUCCUCUUACCCCACCUAGUGAAAGGAAAAUACCAUCUAGCGAUUCCGAUGUCAAUUUACUUGGUUUGUCUCCUCCUGGUACUAAUAUUUCUCACGAAACACCGAGCGUACCACCUUUAACACCACCUAGUGAGCGAAAAGAUAUGCAAAACGACGGCCAUGCGGAUUUACUUGGACUCUCGUCAACGACGCAAUCUGCUCCAGAAAAACCUGCCAAACCUCCACAACCCCAACCUGCAAGCAAUUUUGAUCUCCUCUCUGGUGCUUCAUCUUAUAAGCCAACCCCGAAACCACAGGAGCAGAGCUCGUCAGAGCCAGAUCUAAUGGGGGGCAUGAUGGGGGGUUCACAACAUUUUGAUCCAUUUGGUUCAUUUACGACACCCCAAUCUUCUGCCCCAAAACCUGCGUCCGAUCCGACAGUUUCGCAAACACAGUCAGAAUUCAUGUCGUUUGAUCCAUUCGGGUCUGCAAAAACUCCUCCCCAUAAUUCUAAACAACAGCAACCUGCGUUCCAAAAUCCUGGUAAUAACUUUGACCCGUUUGGAGGAUCCAGUGCAACAAAUACGCGAAUGAAUGGUACUGCACCUCAACAAACGUAUUCCACCCCAAUGAUGUCUUCACAAAGUCGAAUGAUGAAUGGUCGAACACAUCAAGCCCCGUCAGCCCAGAGUUCAGACCCAUUUGCAGAUCUUGGUAGUUUUAAGAAGCCAUCAAUGAAUAACAUGGGUCAGAAGCAACCCCAACCAAUGCCACAACAACAGCAACAACAACAAACCAGGAAUCAAUACCAGAAUCCAAACAUGGGUGGUGGGAUGGGAAGACCACAGCAACCUGCUUAUCAGCCCGCAAGGCCAAACUACAAUGUCGGCGGCUUCUCAGGGGGACAAGGAUGGAAGUCAAAUGUCAAACCACAAGUGAAAGAAGAUGCUUUUGAUGAUUUAUUAUCACAAAGUGGUUUCACUGCUUCUAAGAAAGAAGAAGCUCGAAGAAAGCUUGCUGACCUGAAGAAAGCAGCCAGAACACAGGACAUGGAUCCACAGAAAAUUAAGAUCUUAGAUUGGGUUGAAGGCAAAGAGAGAAACGUGCGAGCUUUAUUAUCAACUCUACAUACAGUAUUAUGGGAAGGUACUAAGUGGAAGCAGUGUGGAAUGCAUCAACUCGUACAACCAAACGACGUGAAGAAAAUGUACAGGAAGGCUUGCCUGGUCGUACAUCCAGAUAAAGCAACAGGUACUCCCAAUGAAGAAUUUGCUAAAAUGAUUUUCAUGGAAUUAAAUGAUGCCUGGGCUGAAUAUGAAGAAAAGGGACAUCAAAUGUUUACGUAAUAUGAUCUACAAUGCUUGGAAAGCCAUAUUAUGAAUACUAUUUGGGAUGUUGUACAUGGAAAACUGAUUCAAAUCCCGCAAUUCUAUGUCACCUAUUUCAUUUGAUUAUUAUACCAUUAUUAGAUCAAUAUUUUAAUUUGUUUUUCUGUCUGUACAUUGAUUUUAAAGCUUAUUCGAACCAAUUUCAACUUCUGAUUAAUUGAUAAAAACGUGCAAUUCGAGAUUUUUUUUAAAUCUGGAGGUCGCUUCGAAUUUUAGGGGUACACUAAUUUCACACAAAGUACUAUAUCCAUUGUACUUUUUGGACUUUUGAUUCCAGACACAAUUAUUAGUAAAACUAGUGCAAAACAUAAAUUUCAUGAUUUUGAGAGAAUACCAGAGAAGCGCUUGCAUAACAAUGUCAACUUUGACCUGUCCCUGAAAGCCGCAUGCUUGCAUCGAGCGGGUUGCAAGCUUAAAAGUUUGAAAAGUCCUGUUCUACAUCAACUAAUCAAUAAAUGUAAGAGAAUUCCAAUAAUCCCUUGACCCAACAACCUAUUCAAUAAAAGACAAUUUUGAUUACCUUGUAUUGUCAUAUUUCAAUAACUUGAAAAAUCAUGAUAAGCUGUUAACUGACUGAUUAUGGAAUAAAAGCUUUCAUAUACAUUCACUUUCCCUUAUUAUACAUGUGAUUUAGUAUUUUAUCGACAAAUAAAUUUAUAAUUUUCGUAUUAUACGACCUAUUUGUAUUCCCAUAUUCGUGUUUUUGAUUAUUUUUGGUGCUUUGAGAAUUUGCUUCAUUCUUAGACUGUAAUAUACCAGUUAUUCAUUAUGUGUGGAGACAAAGUCUAGUCCUGAUUGCUCAAUCAGGUCUUCUAUAUAACUUGAAAAUUGCAUAGAAAAUUAUUGAGUGGAUAUUGAGUCAGUAAUAGGAAUUGUUUUCCUGAAAUACACCUUUUAAUUUUCUCGCAAGCGAUUUCAAGUAACAGGAAAUAUAUUACGGUAGACUUUUUAUGCCUAAAUUGUUUUUUUAAGUUUUCCUGUUCUUAGCCUAUUAUUUAUUUUGUUUCUUUUCUGGGGAAAUUGUAUUUUGGCAGACAUAUAUUUUCCAUCAGGAAAUAAGUGGUAUUGUAUAGUGCUGAGCAUAGUUUAUAUAAAAGUGACCAAAUGUAUAGAAUUCACUCUAUUGUUUAUUAGUUCUGACAUCUGCGGAUUUUUCGUUUCUGGUGCAAUAACAGGUAUGGGUUUAGUAUAACAUAGGCCAUUAUGCUUUUUCACAUUGUGGUAGUAGAGAAUGUUCAAUUAGGCAAAUGAAGUCUUCAAACUUUGCGUGUAACUCUUUAUUCAUCAGUGACUGUUUGUGCAAACCCUCCUUUGAAGAUAUGAAAUAA